CUUUGACAGACACGUCCUGUUUAUUUACACUGUCGCGUGACAAGCUAAGAAGAUGGUGUGCUGACUUUGACAAUUCUUUCUUAUCUACGUUAUCAUUACCGGAUGUUUUGCCUCAAAACCGUGCCAGCCCCCAAGUGGGUAAAUGCAGAGAUUCUCCUGAAGAGGUUAUCGUACAACCGGAGACUGCGAUCCACCGUUACCUCCAGCUCGACGACCCGGCCGGAGAAGACGGACCAUGACAGAAACCGGAGCGGAGCACAGCGUGCCUCUGCCCGACUGCAGUCUCCUGGGAAGAGUGGGAGAGCAGGGAGAGACCGCACCAACUCUUCCUCCGCCGCUAACGAGAUCUCCGUAGACUUUGAGCAAAGCCAGGAAGCUUACAGGAGCAAAGACUCAUUAGAGCUACUCAGAAGUUUGGUGGUUUUCAAACUUUGUUCCUAUGACUUCCUGGUUGAUAAGAAUGAAGAGAUAAUGAAUCUUGGUAAGAAAAUUCUAGGCCAGAAGGUUUUUGAUCAGCUCAUGAAGAUGACGUUCUAUGGCCAGUUUGUUGCUGGGGAGGAUCAUAUAUCCAUUAAACCUCUGAUCCAGAAGAACCAGGCUUUUGGCGUUGGCUCUGUCCUGGACUACAGUGUCGAGGAGGACAUCAGCCAGAAGGAGGAAACCCAGAAAGAGAGCUCAAGUGUUUCCACUGGAGGGAAAGGGAGCAUAGGCGAGGGCUACAUAGAGAAAAACUACGAAGCAGGCAAGCAAUUAGGCGGCAGUCAGAGGGAAGUGAUUGGAACCUGUACAUAUAUCUAUGCUGAUGAGGCCAAAUGUGACCAGCAUAUGGAGACCUUUAUGAAGUGCAUCAAAGCAUCUGGUGGGAGUUCUAUAGAUGGCUUUUCUGCAAUCAAAAUGACUGCACUUGGACGACCCCAGCUUCUGCUUUGGUUCUCAGAGGUCCUCGUGAAAUGGCAGCGAUUUUUCACAUUCCUGUCAUCACAGCAGGAUGGCAUGGAGGCCCUGGACCAGAGGCUGGAGCUGACACAGUUGCAGGAAUUGAUGAUCAAACUGGGUGCAAAAGGUGACUUCCAUGGCUGGUUCACUAGAAAGAAAGGAGAAUCAGCAGGAUGCAUUGACAUCCUUGAUUGGAACAGUCUAAUAGAUGACAGAGUGAACACAUCAGACCUGCUUUUAGUGCCAAAUGUAAAGCUGGAUAAACUGGAGCCUCUACUGAAAAACCUCACCAUAGAGGAUGAGAAUCAGCUAAAGAGGACAUUGGAGCGCCUUGAUGUAUUGGCCAAGUGUGCCUUAGAAAAUGGUGUUCGCUUAAUGGUGGAUGCAGAGCAAACCUAUUUCCAGCCAGCCAUCAGUAAACUUACACUGGAUACACAGAAGAUCUACAACAGGGAGAAGCCUGUUGUUUUCAACACCUACCAGUGCUACCUAAAGGAAGCAUACAAAAAUGUAACUAUGGACGUAGAACUGUCCAGAAGGGAAGGUUGGUGUUUUGCCGCUAAGCUGGUACGUGGAGCAUACAUGUAUCAGGAGCAAGAGAGAGCAAAGGAGUUCCAAUAUGAAGACCCUAUAAACCCCAACUAUGAGUCUACUAGCACAAUGUACCACAGGUGUUUGCACUAUGUGCUGGACGAGAUUGCUCUUAACAGAAAGGCCAAUGUUAUGGUUGCCUCUCAUAAUGAGGACACAAUAAAAUACACCCUAAAAAGAAUGAAUGAGCUCGGUCUCUUACCAGCAGAGAACAAGGUGUUCUUCGGUCAACUACUGGGCAUGUGUGAUCAGAUCAGCUUCCCACUGGGCCAGGCCGGUUUUCCUGUCUACAAGUACGUCCCCUACGGACCGGUGAGUGAGGUGAUGCCCUACUUGUCCCGACGGGCACAGGAGAACCGAGGCUUCAUGAAGGGUGCCCAAAAAGAGAGAGAGCUGCUGUGGAAGGAGUUGAAACGUCGACUUGUCUCUGGGGAGCUUCUCUACAGACCAGUGUACUGAAAACACAGAAGCAGAAACCGAGAGGAGAGUUUGUCAGCUCCUUGAGGGAUUUUUUUUUUUUUUUAGCAGCAGCCGCUAUAAAACUUUCUCUCUUGCUUGAUGGCUACUGCUGCAGCUGUCUGCUCUGACUCUCUCCCUGUGCAUGUCCUGUCUUAUCAUGUUCUGUGGUUUUUCCUUUUUUUGCAGAUGAACUGCAUGGAGCUUUAUUAUUUUCACCCACCUUCAACCCAUCCAAGUUCUGCUACAGAUCCCUAUUUCUUUUUUUAUCCGCCACCACAACUAACAGCAUUCCUCAUUUUUGUCAUUGUGCUAUCUGUAGAGCUCUGGUAUCUAUCAAGUGGGCAUCUUUACUGCUCCAAAAGGACUCCCUAAAAUGUCAGCAACACUAGGGUGGGCAUCCUUUGUUAUUACUCCAUUUAUCUUGGAGAGGACAGAUAAUAAUAAAAAUAACAGACUGGAUUUAAAUUGCAGCAAAGGACACAUUCUAUAUUUGAAGUGGUUUUCUGUUUUAUUUGUUAUCCACUCUAUUCCAGCCACGCACUGCCACUGAAGGCAUCCCUGUACUGUAUCUUUAUGUCUGAAGAUGUCAUGAGAAAACAAAGCUUGUUCCUGAAUCGUUGAGAAACCUUAAACUACAUUAUAUCCCUCAUCUCUUCAUAAUUUGCAAUUUAGAAAUUUCAAGGCUUCUAUUUUUGUGCUUGCUGGUGAGAUGUUUAAAAAUAAUUAUUGGUUAACCUUUUAUACUUUGAUCUACAAACCUGAGUUUUGUAUUUUUUUUAAUUUUCACAGAAAGUUGCAUUUUCCUCCUCAUUGGGUUUUGCUAAAUUACACUGGUAUAAAUAUAUUGAAAGGAAAUCUUUUUCUGACAUAACUUUGUAGCAAUCCAUAAGAGUUCAGUAAGCAAAUAGAGCGUCUUACAAAUAAUCACAACCCUGCAACUCUUACAUUGUGUUGCCUUGCAAACACACAUUCCAAUGGAUUUGAUUUAAACCAGUUAUUACCACAUUAUUGUGCAGUAGUAGGGAAAAGCAUAUUAAGUUUUUGUGUCUCUUAAGAUGUACAGUCAAUGGCAUAGUAUAGAGAUGGUAUAUAAACAAUUUUGAAGUGUACUCAAGAGGAUGUAGGUCCUGAAUAUUCUUCGAUGUUACCGUAUGUCGUGAGCCGUCAUACUUAUGGAGCCUCUCCCUUAGUCUUCAGUCUUUUGUAGCCUGGAACAUGUUUUUUACAGAAUUUACCUGCAUUCAUUUCCAUCAUGUGACCUGCUCUCCCAUCUCUGCUGAAGAAAACCAUUCCCACAGCAUAAUAAUUUUAGCUUUCCAAUUACACUGACCAUUUUGCUUGUAGGGCAAAAAGUUCAGAUUUGGUCUGAACUGAUCAAAGCUACUUCUUGCACAUAUUCAGCGUAUAGCUGUACUUUCAACCAAUUCCCCGACCUGUACUGUGUUUCAAUGAAGCUUCUCCAAAGUUGUUCAGGUGGACAGUCAUGACUUGUGGGCUGUAUAUCUAAGAGGUUUUAACACAUUAAAUGUAAGAGUUUGUGUAACCUUGCCAAAACCUUUUGAAGGUUGAACUGGAUUUUAUUUAUGGCUAUCACAGUAAAGAGACUUGAACACAAAUACUUUUCAGAUUAUUUUAUUUCUUUUUCUUCCCUCUUCACAGACAAAUUUCAAAUGCAUAUAACAUUUUGUGGUUGUAAUGUGAUACAAGUGGAAAAGUUCAAAGACUAUGCAUUUUUACAUUUUCUUUUUACAAAAUUAGUACAGUAAAGGGUAAUUUUCACACUUUAGGUUUCACCAGGAAAUACGUUUUCCUCAGUUAUUGAUACACAGUUCAUAUUUAUGUCAGGGGGAAUCUAAGCUUCAUAGUAAUUAUGGCCUUGUCAUUUUGUGCGAGGAGUCGGUGCUCUGUAGACCAUCAUCAUUUAAUUACCCCUGAUACUUCAGUCAGUGCAGAUCACAGAAAUUGGAUGCAUUAAUCAUUACUCAAAAGAAAUGUUAGCGGCAGAGCACCGCAGAGCUGUCACUGUUGCUCCGUUCCAUUGGUUUAAUUAGGAAUCAAGAUGCCUUUGAUUUUAGGAACACCUUCAGGGUAUACAUUUGCCAACAGAAUCCCUUCUCACUGGUUGCCUGGACGUUUCUGGGUUUCCUUCACAGAUUACAAAUCGAAGAAUUUUGCACAGCUUCCAAAUCAGCUAAACCUAUCAUCCACUUUGCAUAUUAUUAACCUAGACAGCAUUUUAGGACACAGUCAGACAGGAAGUCAGCAUAGGCAGAUAUGACUGAUGUAAUACUGACUUUUCUUGGUAUGAUUGUUUAGAUGUACCUUUGUUACUUUAAAGGGUGGAAGUUUGGUGUCUUUCAAAGCAUUGCUCAUCUGAAUAGAAAAGCAUUAUUUUUCAGGGAAAUUUCUCAAGCUUUUUUUUUUUUUAUAGAUGGAUUGUCUCGUUGCUGCAUCCCAGCUGCUGUUUGAGCCAUAAUCAGGGAUUGUGUGCCAGUACAUGAACUGACAGUAACAAAUAUAGUAGCUUUGAGCCGCUGUGGAGUAUCAUGUAUUUUUAUCUGUUGACAGCGAACUGAGAGAUUACAGGAAACCAUCCGCAUUCGGUUUAAAAGCCGCAAUCAUAUCCACAGUGGGGGCAUAACGCUAAAGCUUUAUUUCUCUCCAUGAGAUCGCAGGGGGAGUUAUCAAAAAUAAUUUUGUAAAAUACAGUUGAAGGCUGAUGCAUUAUGCUUUCUGAAUGCCGGGGGAGAGUUUUCAAUCCUCACCCCACUGGAUUUUAUAUCACUGGAACCACUUUUUUUAUUAUUACGAACAUUAUAAUUUUAGGUUGAACUACAAAUUAUGUAAACUGCUGUAGAAGUAUUGCUUUAUCCCUAACCACAAGAUGAUUGGCCUUUUGAUUAUGACCUUACGAGAACUACCGAAAAAUCCAGUUGGUUGCUUAAUCAAUCAUCUGUAGUAUUCCUAUGGUUCUCCUCCAUAAUUCAACAAAAUACACUUUUCAUUGGCAUAAAAGACAAAUAUCAGAAUUCCAUGAAUAGACAGCACACUCUGUUUCCUGGCAUUGCACCAUAAUCACAAAAUUAUUUGUACAUGGUCAGCCAGAAUCCGGAGGGCAGUCUAGAGCAGGUCUGUCAAAGUGAUACAUGACACAAUGUCAAUAUUUAACAGCAACAUCUGACACUAGCAUGACUCAAAUGUCAAGCCAGGAGGAAGAGUUGUUAACAUUCAGCAAGGCAGUGACAUUUCUCCAUAAAAUAAUUGGCAACACAUAAGAAGGUGUACACAAAAUCCAGUGUGACUACAGAACAGGUAAACGAAGCUGACCAUUGGCUGGUACCCACUAAUCAUCGGCUACAUACAACCGGUCAUGUUGUUCUUAAAUAUAUGUAAAAUUUUAAAUAAAAAAAAUUACUUUGAAGAAGAUCAGAUAAACAAUUAUAACACUAACAAAACAAAACCACACAUCUACUCUGACUUUUGACACCUGCUUUAAUAUUGUGCCUUUUGUUUUAUUUAGGGUGUAAAAUGUAUAUUCACUAGAAAAAUGACUUAUGUCAUAACACCAAACAUCUCAUUUAUUUGUUUAUUUUCUGUAUUCAAAUGGUGGAAUUAGUCAAACCCCUACCAUAUUGGCCAUUUAACAAAGUGAGCAUGCUGAAGUAUUUUCAUCGCUGCAGCCUCAGUAAAGUUACUGAGGAGGACAAGUUGCUCCAAAGUCAGUAACUGGAUGCAACAGGCUUACACCUUUUUCUAGCAUGUUUAAUUAACCAAACCAUACAACAUCCAUAACAAGUGACAUGGAAUGUAUUUGGAUUUUAAUCUGUCUAUUCAACUGUAUUGAAUCGACUAUAUUUGUACAGUAUGUAUAUAACUUGGAUUAUAUGUUUAGUAAAGCACCUUAAGAAAACUUGUUGAACUUGUGCCAUAUCAAUAAACUGAAAUGAAUUACUUGGUAAUUUCUGCAACAAUUUGGGCAGCACAUAAG